AUGUCGGGGUCUUCGCGACACUCGUACGCCUCGAACCGGAGGACUGAAAGCAUCCAGAGCGUCCGUAGCGUUACCAGCGACGAGGAACGACGCAACAGUCGCAUUCAGUCCUCCAAGCCCCGACAGGUCGCCGUUAGCUACGAUGAGGCCUACUCGUUUGCCCUCCGCGUCGCCUUCCUCAACUACCUUUUACAGCCACGGAAGAAGCGGAAGGAAUAUGUCGCCGCCCCGAGGCCCGUCCACCGAUCGCAUAGCUCCAGUGUGAGCGACCUCAUGAAGGACUUUGGUCCUUCCGGCUCCUCGUCUUCCAUGAAGCUGCCGCGUGAUUUCCGUGGCCAACUAGAAAAGCGCAUGACCGCCGUUCUACAAGGCACCGAGAGACUGCCCGGAUACAAUGACGCCGCCGUCAAGCGCACCUUUGGUGUGGCAUACACCGCUUUCACUCAAAGGGACUUCCAAAAGUCCAUUGACAAGGACCGCAAAGUCGAACCGCUAGUCCUGAUCUUCUACUCGUCCGCCAUCAAGUUCCAUAGUGCUGGAAAGCCUCCCGACGACUAUCACUGGAAGUCACUUGUCGACAGACAUCUGGCCAUGUUUGUCCGGCUGAUUUCCAGCGUUAUCAAGGACAUUGGCAGCGACCGCGAUGAUCUUCUGGCCCGCUUGAACACACUCGAGAACAAGCUCUUGACGAACGACCAGAAUCUGUCCUUGGACAAGGGCCAAGAAAGUUCAACGUUUGUUGAGGUCGAGGUGCCCCUGAGCUACGAGAUUAAGGAUAUGCCCAUGGUCCUGUUUGUUGCCAAGAUCUUUGGGUUGCCCAACUCGCAGGUUCAGAAUGACAUCGACAGAAACAUGACCACAUGGACCGAAGAGGCGGCCCUAAAGGACUUCAAAAACUACCAAUUCAGAUUGUCGGCAAACAUGGCGGGCACUUUGCGAAAACUGGACUUUGACGUGGACGAGGCAUUUGAGGACUGGAAGAGGAUCGAGACCCAGCAACUGGCCCAAAUCUUUGCCGAAAUUCUCAGUAUUCGUCCAGAUCUCAAGACCGGCGGGGGCCCUGAUAAGCCCCUCCCACUACGGCCCAUGUCGCUUUAUUCGGAGGAUCAGGCAUUUUCCGACUUGAGCAAGAUGGUUACGAACCGCAGCUCGGGCAACUUUGGGUUUGAUCCGUCGUCUGGCUUCAGCGCCAUGUCUCUUGACGAUAAUUCCAGCAUUCGAAGUGUGGACGAGCCGAGUUUUACCUUUAUCCCAGUGGAUCCACGGCCGGUUUACAAGACUAUUCUACAAUAUGUCAUGUCUUACGACCAGCUGCACUCUGAGGAGUUCCCAUUCUCAGAGGAGUCCAUCGAUUUUUUGACAGAGUUGGCUAUUAGAUGGCGCAUUCCCCAGUUUAUGUGCCACGUUACGCUCGUGGAGGUUGCCGUACGAAAGCUCCUCGACCAGGAAAUCUCAACAAUGCAGCUUGACGCUUGCCUCGACUUUGUCAAGGAACCUCAGCCGGAGCCCAAGAAACCGCCCCCGAUCAACAUGUUUGGCGCCACGCUUUUUGAUGUUGAGCCAGGUCGAUGGACAAUGACGGAUUUCGCGGGCUAUCAGCAAGCCAUAAAGGAUCUCCAUGACGCUUUGUUACGUGAACUCUACACACUGUUGAUUCAGUGCUACCAGCCGAGCCCACCAUCAGUCGGUGUUGUAAUGUCGGUACUCACAAAUCACGUCCAUAACGACCCUACAUUUACCGAACGCCCAGACGAAAUGGCCGAGUAUACCCAGAAUCUCGAAAGCGGACUGCGUCAAAAAGCCGCCGAAGUUUACCGAGGUUUCCUGGAUGCCAAUAUUCCUUCCAACAUGGAAGACUGGAACUUUGCUCAUGUCGUUAAGCUCGGUCAGGCUGUUGUCGGUCUUGCAGAGAAGAUUAAGAAGCGAUAUCGCAAGAACCCCGAAAUCAUGGGUGCUAGUCCAUUCAAGGUCUUGGUCGAGACCAUUUUCCCCAGCUUCGAGGAAGAUGCACAUGAGUUCAUCAAGCGUGUCCUGGAUAUGAGCAAGAACCGCGGUGAGGAAGGCCAAAUCGAUGUUCAGGACGGCUUCGACCUCUACAAGGAGCUUGUCGAAAUCAGAAAGAUGCACGCAGAGUCUCUACCUGGAAAGCCUUUUGCCUUCCAUAUCGAAAGCCUCCUCGAAGAGUUCGUCUGGCGAUGGAUUAGGAAUGCCGAAGCCAGAAUGACCGACUUCGUGGAACAAGCGAUCAAGCAGGACACCUUCCAGGUCAGAACGAACGAUCCCGACGAUAUCCCGACCGACGAGGACCGCCACAGUGUCUCCAUCAUCGACACUUUUACGCUGUUCAACCAGACCGUGAACCAGGUUCACCAGCUUGACUGGGAUGACGAGCUUCACCAUGCCAAAUUCAUGACUGCACUGGCCAAAGCCUUCUCAGCAGGCAUCGGUCGUUAUUGCGAGAUUGUGGAGCUACAUUUCGCCAAAGAGAUGGACCGUCAAACUCCUCAAGAGGCAGCUGCGGGCAGGUCGGCGCAAGAUCGGUUCCUUCAGUACGCCAAGGAUGCGUGGAACUCGAAGGAGAAGGUCGAGCCUUUCCAAUUCUACCCACAGUCCUUUGUCAAACUCAACAACAUUGAAUAUGCCAUGCAAGCGCUGGAUAAGCUAGAAAAGACCAUGAACGUAGACGGCUGCGCCGAGGCUAUCCGCCGGGUCGAAGGCAUCAAGCCCAUGGUUAGGAAAGCAGGCAAGUAUGUGUUCACGAUCAAGAUCGUAGAGGCCGAGGACUUGAAAGCAUGCGACCCCGGUGGGUAUAGUGAUCCGUACGUGGUUCUGUGUGACGAGUACCAAAAGCGUCUGGCCAAAACGAGAAUCAUCAUGAGGAACCUCAACCCGAGGUGGGACGAGUCGAUCGAUAUUACCGUAUCGGGUCCUCUCAACAUCAUCGCCACCAUUUGGGACUAUGAUACCUUUGGUGACCAUGAUUUCGUCGGGCGUACCUCAUUGAAGCUUGACCCCGUGCACUUUAGCGACUAUCUUCCCAGAGAGUUCUGGCUUGAUCUUGAUACCCAGGGAAGACUGUUGCUGCGUGUGAGCAUGGAGGGCGAGCGUGAUGAUAUCCAGUUCCACUUUGGCAAGGCCUUCAGGCACUUGAAGAGAACUGAGCGUGACAUGGUUCGCAAGAUCACUGACAAGCUUACUUCCCACAUCAACCACUCGCUCUCCCGCGACACCCUCAAGAGCCUCCUCAGCCAAGGCAUCGCCGCCUCUAUGGCCAACCUCUGGAAGAAGCGUCAAUCCACCGCACCCACGGUGACCCCCCAAGAUGUCGAAAACACUCUCCAACCGCUCUUCACCUACUUCGACGACAACUUCGCCAUCAUGAAACAAACCCUCACCGACGCCACCAUGGUAGCCGUCAUGAAGCGUCUCUGGAAAGAAGUCCUCAUGGCCAUCGAAAACCUCCUCGUUCCCCCCUUAUCCGACAAACCCUCCACCCAGAAACCCCUCACCCAAGCCGAGAUGGACAUUGUCUACCGCUGGCUCGAGCUCCUCUUCAACUUUUUCAACGCCAAGGACGCCCACACGGGCGAAGUCCUCGGCGUGCCUUCGGACGUGCUCAAGUCGCCUAAGUGGCACGAGCUCGCCUCGCUCAACUUCUUCUACUUCGACUCCACCGAGAACCUCAUCCGCACUUCGGAGCGCAUGGCAGCCGCCAACGCCCAGCGCGCGCGCGAGCAGCAACAGGCUACUGCCGCCGCGGCGGGCGCAGGCAGCCGCAUGUCCGCCCCGCCCCAACUUCACUCUUCUCAAAAUAACAACAGCCUCGCACCUCCCGGCGGAAUGACAGGCGCAGCAGCCAUCGGCGCCUUCGGCUCCUUGGGAACCAUCCGUCGCGGGAAGAGUAUCAUGAUGUCCCGCAACCUAGGAACCAUGCGUCAAGCGAAGCUGGAGAAAAGAAAAGAGGCGCAGGCAGAUCCGUCGGAUGAUAUGAUACUGCGUAUUCUACGCAUGAGGCCCGAGGCGACGAAUUAUUUGAAAGAGAGGCAUAGACAGAAGGAGAGGAUGGCGGCUGCUGCUGCCGCCGCCAUGAUUGUGAGGCAGAGCGUUAAUCAGAAGUUUGGUGGUGGGGGUGGUGGACAAGAGUUGAGGGUGGGAAAGAGAGCGAGUGUGGUGCCGCCGGUGCCCAAGUUGCCGUUUGGGGCGGGGGUUAGUGGGGGGCAGGUUAUUGGGGGUGGACAGUUUGGGAGGGGUGGGAGGUGA